AUGCAGCCAGCCAAACGACGGCGCCGCUCACCGGCAGCCUCUACCGCCCGGCCCUCCAAACUUGCCCGCGAAAAUAAUUUAAGUGCCGCCGAAGAACAGGAAAUUCAAGCCGCCUUUACACUCUUCGCUAUACCGCAUCAAAACUCCUCUCACCAAAAAGUCACCGGCCCUACUGAUGGGGUCUUGCCCGUUGCCGAUGUUCGUCGGGUCUUAAUUGCCCUUUCCCUAACGCCAACCUCAGCCGAGCUGCAAGAGUAUCUAUCCAUUCUUGAUCCAGACUCUGAAGGGUUUGUCGAGUAUGAACCGUUUGUAGCUAUUUGUGCCCUAAAAAUGCAGUCAAGAAUGCGCACUGGUGAGGACCACCAGCGGGAGGUGGAUGAGGCCUGGGAUUUAUUCGACAAAAAUCACGAGGAACGAAUUACCCUGGCAACUUUGAGGGAAGUCGCCGAAAGAUUAGGCCAGGAGGUUACAGAUGAAGUUUUGAGGGAUAUGCUGUUGGAGGCUAAUGGAGGGGCUGGCGUCAACAGAGGUGUGGACAAGGGAGAGUUUGAGAGUGUGAUGCGAAGGGCUGGGGUGUGGCGGUAA